ACCAGCCACUGACGCUCAGCAGAGGGCGGCCCAGCUUGGCAGGCUCAGCUCCGAUUGGCUGGUGCCUCCCUGUGGACGCAGAGAGUUGGGAACAGGUGGCCUGGCUUCCAUCUCGGCCUCUUGCUCCUCUGAGAACCAAGCCUCUUAGACGGAAGGUCCCUGGGAAGGCGCUCCCUAGAAGCAGGAGCCUGGUGAGCUGGAUGUCUGCUGGGGACCAAUGGAGAGAACGCCGGGAUUGGCUGGAGGUAGACUCUCCACCGAGGCUGAGCACUGACUUCAGGAGCCAUGGCUGGUCAGCAGGGGCUCCACUUUGCCAAGAUUCAGCUCUACUUCCCGAUUCAUCCCUGAGGACUCCAAAGGUGGAGAACGGACAUCUGAGAGGGAGACCAGUGAAUAGGCUGUCCACUGAGGACCAAGGGAGGGAGCUUCGGGAUUGGCUGGAGGAAGACUGCAGCAUUACCAAGGUGGCCUGGCUUCCAUCUCGGCCUCUUGCUCCUCUGAGAACCAAGCCUCUUAGACUGAAGGUCCCUGGGAAGGCGCUCCCUAGAAGCAGGGAGCAACGGGAUUGGCUGGAGGAAGACUGCAGUAUUACCAAAGUGUCGCUGACGUCUCUGGCCACUGAUGCUCAGCAGAGGGCGGCCCCCCUUGGCAGGCUCAGCUCCGAUUGGCUGGUGCCUCCUUGUCAUCGCAGAGAGUGGGGAACAGGUCAUUGGAGUUCUGUUCGUCAAAAAAAGAUGGCUUCGCUCUCAACCUGCACAAAUCAGUCUCCUGGACAUUUGUCACCAAGAUUGAUUCCUGUUUUAAACAGUCUGAAGAGGCCAGAAGCAGGAGCCAAACCCACUUGUUUUAUAAAAUGAGGCUAGAAUUAUAGGAGAGUAACUUCAUUAAGAGAAUUGUGAACACUUUUUCCACAAACCCAAAUUGAAUGGAGCAAAUAAAGUAGUUCAUGAGAGAGGAAAGAAAAGCACAACAAAGAAAGAUUCUUGACAAAGAUCUUGGUGUGAUAAUCCUUUCAAUCUGCCCCCAGCCCCCCACCAAGAUCUGCUCAUAGAGUAGGUUUCUGUUCACUCAUUUCUUUGCAGAGGCCCAAAAGCAGGGCCACACCUUGUCAAGGAACCUCUCUCCUUGGCAGAGCUGCCUAUCAGGGCCCCUGCCCCCUGAAAGACAUUCUCUUCUUAGUAAAAAAAACCUUUUUGUUAUUUCUCUGCCACUGAGGAAAUCAAUCUCCUAGCCAAGCUGACCUCUGCAGUGCCAAUGAA